UGUUUUCUGUUCAUUGUGAGGUAAAGAGGGAGUGCUGAAUGUUGCAAUAGAGUAUCGUCAGUUUACGGUCAGACAGCAGCAUCACCUUGAUGAUGUAGCCUAACAACAACAACAAACUCGCCAAUUCUGAUUUGGGACCAACGUGGCUCAAUUCAGAGCUUGCUGUGUGCUUGCUUUGUCGGGGACGCUAGCACUGCCACACUACACUUCGGAUGAGUCUUGGAUAGUGCUCAGAGGAAUUUAGCCUAGAGUUCAUCACCGUUUUUGUAAUGCUUUUCUUUUACUACUAAUAUUACCAUCAGAAGCGUUGCUGAUGUUUACGGUGCCAAUUAUAUUGCUAAUGGGUCGUUUUAGUGGAUGUCCCCUCGUGAUUUCAGUGAGAAAAUGACUGAGUUUACUUUGCUCUGCUCUGUCGUGUGAUUGCAGUGGGAUAGCGCACGCUCACAUUCAACGCUGGACUGAGAUAGCAUAGGUGUUCUAAUCAAAGAUAAAUAUUUAUUUUAUUUUAUCAGUCUCGACUCGUUCAUAUCUUUGAUGAUAAUUGGCUAGCGCUGUCAAAUGUUUGAGUUGCCAUAGACCGCCAACAGACACAGAGCCUAAACGUCCUUUCGACUUCUAGUCGUUUUUUAGACAACUGUCCUGACGGAGGAAGAAUAUGUUGAUGAAGGAAUAUAGAAUAUGUAUGCCGCUCACAGUGGAAGAGUACAGGAUUGGCCAGCUGUAUAUGAUCAGCAAGCACAGCCAUGAGCAGAGUGAGCGUGGAGAAGGAGUGGAGGUGGUGCAGAACGAACCCUAUGAGGACCCCACACAUGGACAGGGACAGUUCACAGAGAAACGGGUCUACCUCAACAAUAAGCUCCCUAGCUGGGCCAGGGCGGUGGUCCCCAAAAUCUUCUAUGUGACAGAGAAGGCCUGGAACUACUACCCCUACACUAUCACAGAGUACACUUGUUCCUUUCUGCCUAAGUUCUCCAUUCACAUAGAGACCAAGUAUGAGGACAACAAAGGCAGCAAUGACAAUAUCUUUAACAGCGAGCCCAAAGGGGAGGAGGAGAUAGAGGUGUGCUUCGUGGAUAUUGCCUACGACGAGAUCCCAGAGCGCUACUACAAGGAGUCUGAGGACUUGCGGUACUUUAAAUCAGAGAAGACAGACCGGGGUGUGCUGCAGGAGGGCUGGAUCGACAGCCAGGAACCCAUCAUGUGCUCCUACAAACUGGUGACAGUCAAGUUCGAGGUGUGGGGUCUUCAGACACGGGUGGAGCAGUUUGUACACAAGGUUAUCCGUGACGUCCUGCUCCUAGGACACAGACAAGCCUUUGCCUGGGUGGAUGAGUGGAUUGAAAUGACCAUGGAUGAGGUGAGAGAGUACGAGCGGGCCACCCAGGAGGCCACCAACCGUAAGAUCGGCCCCUUCCCCCCAUCCAUCUCCAUCACCGAGACCCCCCUGGCCUCGGUGGCCCGCAACGGGCCCUCCAGCGCCCCCUCCACCCCCCUCGCCACAGAGCCUCCAGAGUUCCUCUCUGUGCCCAAGGACCGGCCCAGGAAGAAGUCAGCCCCAGAGACCUUGACCCUCCCCGACCCCAAUCGCAGGGACUCAGGCUUCAGGCUGGCUAGUAUCUUCUCCUGGGGCUCAACCCCUAGCCCCCAGCCUGAAUGAGAGGGGGACCCAGAGGAGUAGUAUACACCUAUCUACAUUCAGGGGGUGGCUAUGAACAUCCAUUUUGUCCCCUAGACAACUUAUGUAAAAGGGGGUGUGUUGUUCACAGACCUCCUAUAACUUGGUGGUGUGGUAAAUGCCUCUUCACAGGCAGUUGCAGGUAUCACCCUGAAGCCUACCACUGUCACCAACUAACUGUGUCUUGGUCUGCCUUUGCAGAGAGAUAGUCAGCCUGAUCACCAUGCAUCACUUGGAGAGGAGGCUCAAAGCACACACCACAUACAUGUACGCGCAAACACGCACGCACACACACACACACACCCACUGAGUGUCUUUUAAAAACCUCUUAACCUCUCCAUCGGUCCCAUCGAAACACAGUAACCAGCAUCAUCUACCAGCCAGAAAGCUCAUGUGGAGAUAAAUUCUAGUCUGAUUUAAUUUAGUUCACAUUCCUCUGAAUACUUUGUGCUUCUCUUCAGUGUCUCAGCCCUCUUUCAUCUCAAUUGAUACUGUAUCUCAGGGUUUGUUACCUAGAUACACAGAGAUCAGAUAAAUAUACUCUUCAAUCAGCUCAAUCUUUAUGCAUAUGGUUAUAAAUGUGUGGGAUGAUCAAACUCAUUUUCUCCUUUCUCUUUGCACUCAUGCCCUCUUAUUGGUUGGAAAUUGACACCAUGUAAUUUCAGUUCUAAUUGUGUGUUGGGGUUGUCAUUCAUGGAUUGUUGUAGGUCGCAGUGAAACAGUUAAAGUAAAACGGUGGAUUUCAGGAGAGUGUUAUUUUUUAUCCUGUGUUUUUUUUUGUAAAUAUGUAUAUUUAAGAGUUAUCUAUUGUAAAAAUGCUGAAUUCAUUGAUGUCUUUCAAUGCUAUGGAAUUGCUGUAAUCUCUGUAUUUGAGAGAGAAAAAGAGGUCUAUGGAGAGAUCUAAAGUGGAGGUAUUCUCUUUCUGAAUCUGUAUUCUGUUGGUAUAGUUUUGUUGGCCAGGGUGUCCUUUAAAUGACAUAUAUAAAAAAUGCAUGGUUUGAAUAUCCAGCCUCUGCUUUUAUUUUCAACUGGGGGGGAAAUGUACCUUUGAAAUGGCUGUCUUCUAUACAGUAUGGUGUUUUUCCUUUGUUUAAUACAGACUACGACAGGACAAAACAUGUCGGAUCAAUGUUGUGAUUUGGCUUUUAGGGAUGGUUUAAGUCAUUCAUUUGCAAUCAUGUUGUUGGUGUGUUUUAUAUCAAAUCAAUAAACGUAAUAUUGCUCAAA